CCUGCGCUUCCGCUUCCGGCCUCGGACCCUUAGUGCUGAGGGUCACAUUGAGUCUGCGGCGUCCGCGGGAGGAGCAGCGGAGGCAGAGACAGCGACCGCGGCGGAAGCGACCUCAGUCCAGGAGCCACCAUGUCUGAAGACAUCAAAGCCAAGAUCCAAAACUACCGCACGGCACCCUUUGACAGCCGCUUCCCCAACCAGAACCAGACCCGUAACUGCUGGCAAAACUACCUGGAUUUUCACCGUUGUGAGAAGGCCAUGAACGAGAGAGGUGGUGAUGUGUCUGUCUGCCAGUGGUACAAACGUGUCUACAAGUCCCUCUGUCCCCUGUCCUGGGUGAAUACUUGGGAUGAUCGCAGAGCGGAAGACACCUUCCCUGGGAAGAUCUGAGCUGCUUCUCUUCCUCCCUUACCCCACCCCUAUGCCUGGGGCUGGAUCCCUUCUUCCUUCAGAGGGGGGCAGUGUGAUCUGUGACUACCCCUGCUCUGGGGGACCUGAAUCAUGUGAAAAUAAACUGUGUUGGGAUUGA